UAAUGCAUGACCAUACGUCCGAUGAGAAAGCCACUUCCCUUGUAAAUAAGAAGGGUCUGACGCGAGGCUGCUAGCUUCGCCGACCGAGCAAGAGCCGCCAAGAUGGUUAUUGCCGACGCACGCGGCCUGCAGCGAGUUUCGUACUCGCUACCACCUCCUUCGAACGACGAAGCGCUGCCCUGCUUUCAAGUGCCACCAUUCGUCGAUGUCGAGUCAAGGCUACACCGAAGUGGGCCACUUUUGAUCCCCACAGAGAUCUAUGGCGGGAAAGAAGCUCACUCUUCGUCAGGUGCCGCAUCGAAAGAUAGUGGCAGCCGUCAUGCGACGCAUACGCUUGCGGUGACAUCACUUGCGCUCGAUUUGGUGACGUGCGUUGGGGAUGAUGGGGAGUCGAGCGAGGAUGAUAGUGAUGAAACGCAGUCGUCCGAAGGGGCGAGGAAGCCCACUUGGACCCGACCUGUGCGGCCUUACCCGCGAGGAAUCUUGUACACAGCGGGAAGAGAUGGUCUGACGGCGUCGUGGGAUCUCAAGCUGCCGGUGCAGUGCAGGGAAUCAACCCGGCAAGCAAUUGGUGGCGCGUCUCCAAAUCAGGAAGGAGACAUGACAAACUUGGAAUUGUCGUUAGCGGAAGAUGGUCACCUUCCGAGCUCCACACAAGCAGACCAGCAUUGGCGGUCGGACUCUACCUCGCGCAUGCACCGGCCGGCUGCGCCUUCACUCAUACCCGGCUUACAGAAAAGCCCAGCUUCCGGGAGACCGACGUCAAUCAAAGUGUCCCCGCAUACUUUCCAAGCUGUGCAGCCAUUCUGGCAUCCAAAGGCGCGCCGACGGAAACCAGCUUUCAGGCAGUGCAUCCAGUCUCAUACGGACUGGGUGAACGAGAUCGUGCUCUGCAACGACAACCAGACGCUCAUUUCUGCCUCAUCAGACCGCACAGUGAAGGCUUGGAAUCCGCACCACACUGCCUCGCAGUUCAAGCCGCAUUCGAUCGGGUCUCACGCAGAUUAUGUCAAAUGCCUCGCGCUUGCACCAGCUGUUUCGAAAGUCUUCAGUGGUGGAUUUGAUCGCUGCGUCAAGCUUUGGGACCUCAAUGCUGGGAGGUCCGGCGACGGCGAGCCAGUCUUCCAGCUAGGUCCUGGGGGAGGGCAGUCUGAGAGCUCGGUUUAUGCGCUUGCUACGGACGAAUCUGCCCGCACGGUUGCCGUCGGGUCUACCGAACAUAUUGUCAGCGUCUGGGACGUCAGAGCGAAGCGGCAGAUUGCGAAGCUCAUCGGCCACACAAACAAUGUCAAGUCGCUUCUCAUCUCCAAUGACGGACAACAGAUCCUCUCCGGUUCGUCGGACUCGACCAUUCGCUUGUGGUCGGUUGCGGAGCAGCGUUGUCUUCACACAUUUGAGCAUCACAAUGACUCAGUCUGGAGCCUCUACUCGGAUCACCCGCGGCUCGACAUAUUCUACAGCGGCGAUCGUCAAGGCUACGUAUGCAAGGUCGACUGGGAGCGAUGUGCGGAAGUUGAUGAAGGCGAGUGCGUUGUACUCUGUAGAGACUCAGUCGCAGGGCAAGACGAGAGCACAUUAGAAAAUACCCAGCACAACGGCAGUGCUACCCGCGGAAAAGCUACCAGUGCAGCGGCAUGGUCUCAACGGCACAAACAAUUGACACACUCCGGCAUACACAAGAUCGUCGCUAUCGACAACGCAUACUUCUGCACCGCUUCCAAUUCAUCCUCCGUGAGGGUUUGGGAAGACAUUCCCACGCGGUGCGAAAGAGAAGCACUAUAUACUUCAGUUCAGGCAAACGCGGCACGGAUGCUUGGUAACCCGAGCGACUCACCAGGACAGCUGGCACCACAAAAACAUGCAACGCGACCCUCUCCCUUGCGUAACGAUCUGACACAAUCUUCAGCAUCGCCCCGAUCAGGACAUGCACCACUGCCUGGAUCUUCUGGCGUGUCAUUUUCCGAGCCCGAGGCAUCGGUUGCCGCUUGUUCGCCUUCUCCGAGUCGAAUGGCAGGGCUCGUUGGGGUUCGAAUGACUUCUUCCCCGCUUGCACGCUUUAACCUUACUCAAGAAGAAGGCAGUGACGAGCACGCGCACUCGUACCACUUCAAUGGUAUUCCUUUUGACAGCCUAGUCAACCUCUCCCCCUUCAAUGAGCUCUACGCAGUUGGCCGUAGCAGCGUCAGCGUGCGACGCAGCUUUGUGGUCCCGAGGACGCAUGGGAUGGGAACAGAGUCGAUGAACACCUUCAACCAUCCUGUCUCUUCCGCAGCUGCUCGGAUGCACCUUGUGAACACGGACAUGUCUCCUCUCCGAUCUGCCUAUGAUGCCGCAUCGCUCCCUGCGGCACUUCAAUUCGACGUUGUCGGCACCAUGCAAAGUCCUUCAUCGUCUCUUCGGUUCUCCCACAGCUUCAAGCACGCGCACCAAGCCACAUCACCGCCCAAUUCUGAUGUGGCGCCAAGUAUCAACUCGCGCACAAGUUUGGUGUUGGACGCGGAAGAGGAUAGGGAGCUUGGAGUCGGGCAUCAGUUGCAAGCUGCUUUUGAAGAGCGCGAACUAGCGCAAGACGCAACGCCACUACGCGGCUCCCCUGCAGAGGUCUUGGAAGGGUCUCACGGGCUCAUACGUUCUUGCAUGCUCAACGACCGGCGGCAUGUCUUGACUAUCGACACAGCUGGCAAUGUCGCCCUGUGGGACAUCAUUAAGUGCACCUGCCUGGGCACGUUUGAAGCGCAUCAAGUCCGUACUGCCGCGCUCGCCGACUCACCACUCCCAGAAAAUGACAUUGAAAGGGAAAAUUGGAAGGCAGUGAGCUAUCCGGGUGAAGUGCUGGAAGCCGUUCGGGAGCGCAUUGAGGGUUGUGGAGCAACACCUCUAUGGUGCACGGCAGAUACGAGGGCGGGGAGUCUCACAGUGCACUUGCAAGAGCCGAGGUGCUACGAUGCUGAAAUGUAUCUCGACGAGUUGAGCUUCCUUCCCCCGGCCGCCAUGAAGGAAGACCAGCGCGUCAAUGUUGGAAAGUUGCUGUUGCGGAAUCUUCUCCAUGGAUUCUUCACGGCCGAGGUUUCCGUCAGAAGCGGCAAGCUUGCCGGUUCAACUGCACUUGCGGCCGAAGCACAUGAGGUAUUUGAAGUCGAAGGUGACGCCUUGGCUAUCCAGACUCCGUCUUUUGCAGCCCUCCGUCCGCGCACUCCUGGCAUGACGAUAUCUAUGGUAACGUCUCCCAGUAUACCUGCUAUUUUCCCGUCUUCUACCCCGUUCAGUCCAGGGUCUUCGAGCGGUCUCAAUCGUAUGCUCAACGCGCUCAAAAUACCUGCUGAUGGUCCUAGCAAUUAUUUCGACUCGCAUCCGUCUACAAUACCUCUUCCAUCAACAGAAGUCAAUGCAGUUAUGACGCCAAACAGUAAAACAACACCAACUGGCUUCAUGAGCCGAUUCAAGCGGGCACGACCCAAGAGUCAGAAGCAAUCGCGCAAUGUAUAUGGUGAUGUUGCUGCUGUGGAUACUACAGUGUCAUCAACUGCGAAUGCUUCCGCAGAGCAUACACGCGUCCGUGCGGCGCGAGAGAUUCUCUGCCGAACGAUGAAACCUCUGCCCGAAAGCGAUGCACCGGUGUACGGUCUCCCGCACAGCACACCUGUUGUCUUUUCGGAAUCAUCUGCGGAUGCAGGCCAGUAUGAAGUCACGUACCGAGGACUGGUCGGUAGCACCGCGGUUGAUGUGCCAGCGCUAGAGCUGUGCGCACCGCGAUGGCUUUUGGCGAUGCUUUUCCAAGGAGAACUUCAGCAGAAAGAUCCUAUCAAAUCAAGCUUCAUUCUGCAGCCUUACUCGGGAGGCGCGUCAGAUGGUGUAGCGCCCGCCGGUGUGUUCCAUACGAUGCCUGCUUUGCCUUCAGGCAACGCAUGCCUGACUGCAACACAAAUGCUACGAAUGAAGAAGGUCGCGACUUAUGUUGCAGAGAAACUCGAUAUGCAGCUACCUCACGCUGGUGACGACAGCAUUGUAGCCAGCCGUCGGCCCUCCGCAGUCUCUUCUUCCGGCGAUGCUACACCUUCUGUUCUCGGGGCCGCUGCGGGGGGCCUCUGGGCGCACGAGACUAUCGAGAUCCUUUGCAACCACGUUGUCCUUCCGCCGAAUCUCACGCUCGCGCAAUGUCGAAGGUUUCUAUGGAAAAACUCUGCAGACAUGAGGCUCGAGUACCGCCUCCGGCAAUGUUCAGAUUGAGCAUCGCACGUAAUGGAGCCUCUGUAAAUGCAUUUACAUCCAGC